GCUCUAUGCGUGCUCCGUCACCUGGGGAUCGGCCACUUCGACAUCAAGCCGAGCAACGUCCUCAUCGCCGACGACGGCCGUGCCGUGCUCUCGGACUUCAGCAUGGCGCGCGCGGUGCCCGUCGCGGGCUACGACGAGUGGCACAGGACGUCCUUCCUCGGCACCUUCCCCUACAUGUCCCCAGAGAUGGUCGCCGGCGAC